AUGCCGGCUAGUACUAAAAAAGCAGCUAACAAAAAUAAAACUGAACCUGUAUUAGUUACACGCACGCUACGAUCUUCGGUAAAACGGAAAAACGAAGAAUCACAAGAACCGCCGGUCUUUGAAGACGCGCAAAUAUCCAAAAGUGACUCGGAAGAAUCGGUUCAGCAACAAUCUGUUUUUUCAUCGUCCGCAAGAACAAAAAGUCGACGCGGUGGUCGAAAUAAAAAACAAAAAGUUAUCCGUGACCAGAUGGAUAAUAGUUUACAUGUCAAAGUUGAAGUGGAUAAUAAUCUUUCACGAGAAGAGGAUGUUAUGUUGUUUGAAAAGCCAAAAAUGAAUGGUCGAAGAGGAGGUCGAAAUAAAAAACUCUUAGUUACCAACAAUAAUCGGGAUAUGUCGAGCGAGGAUAUUAACGAGGAGCAAAUGAAUAAUGCACAAAGCAAAAAUAAUGAUGAUGAUAAAAUUGCAGAAACUCAUCCGGUAAUAUCCUACAAUUCAAAGGUUAAUAGUCGCCGAGGCCGUAAUAGGAAGGUCAUAAUUGGGACUAUAUCCCAUCAUAAUAAUAGUAGUAGUAUUAUUACACAUUCAGCUAGUCUUUCCUCCGAAUCUCAUGUUGAUCCGACGAAAAUUGACGCGACUAAAAAAAGGACUGGAACGAAAAGCGCAAGAAAUUCGGCCCGUAGAGAAGAGAUCCAUAAAGUGAAACCAGCAAGAGGCUCGUUAACAAAGAAGAAGGAAACACCGGACGUUGAGUUUCUAGUGACCAAUCCGAAAUCGGUAUUAAGGAGAAUUAAAUUACCGAAAAAUCUUGAUAUGAAAGAAUUUCUUCCGUUUAACGAAGAACAUCAGCAACGGUUACUUAAUCUAUUGCCCUUCGUUGAUAAAAUGCCAUCAUUUAAUAUGGAUGAUGAUGACUUUGAUAUCUAUCCAGAGAAUGAAAUGGA